CACAGCGUUCAGCGGCUUCAGUGCGUCUCGAGACUCAGUAGGUGUGUGUGUGUUGUAGGCGCGCGCGUUUUGCAGCACUACUGUGUGUAUACGCUGAAGUCACUAGAAAUUCAAGUUUCAUUUAUCAUCCAAUGAUCUGAUGUUGUUGGAAGUAAUUGUGCUCUGUUUUGUUAAAUAAUUACCGAGAAGAGAAGAACCUUUCAGCGUGUUUGGCGUGUGCGGGAGAAUGUAGUAGACUUUUUACGUUCCAACUUUUAGAACUUUUUAAAUAGCUCAGACUGUAACGUUUGUAUACCGUGUAGUAGUCAUUACAACAUUGAAUAUACCGUAUUUAAAAGUAUUAUGUGAUUGGAAGGUGGAUCUCAAGUCAGUUGAGUAGACUUGUGUGGGUUCAGAGAUAGUAAAACGUGGCGCGUUUGUGUUUUGUGGUUAUGUGCAAAUGUUACUGUUCCUGGAGUUUAACAUAUGAAUUACCUGGUUGUCCUUUGGGGAUAUCGCUUCUGUUAUGGGACUGAAAAUACCAGGAGUACCUUCAUCGGGAUAGUUGACGUCAAGCAACCGGUCCCGGCUCCUCAAGGCUGUGUUUGCGCGCGGAUUCGGAAAGACGGAACAGAGCAGUAAAGAUGGUGUAAGUUGCGCUUUGGCGCCAUGUUGCUGAAACAUGCUACGGUGUUGCGGCCGGGGUUCGGCCUGAUCGCCGCGUUGUUGCUGGUGUCGCUACAUGCGGCCGCAUGGGUGCACGAUGUCAGCCCCAAGUUAUACGUUCAGUUUGGAGAGGAGCAAGCGCAGAGAUUUCUGGGUAACGAGUCUCACAAGGACCACUUCAAAUUGCUGGAGAAGGACCAGAAUUCUCUCCUCGUCGGUGCCAGGAAUAUUGUGUACAACAUUAGCUUGCGAAACCUUUCCGAGUUCACAGAACAGCGGAUGGAAUGGCAUUCCUCGGGAGCACAUAGAGAGCUGUGUUACCUCAAGGGCAAGUCGGAGGAUGACUGCCAGAACUACAUCCGCGUGCUGGCGAAGAUAGCCGAGAACAAGGUGCUUAUCUGCGGCACGAACGCCUACAAGCCACUGUGCAGACACUACCACUUCAAGGAUGGUGACUAUGUGAUGGAAAAAGAAUACGAAGGCAGGGGACUGUGUCCUUACGACCCUGACCAUAACAGCACAGCAGUAUACAGUGAUGGUCAGUUGUACACAGCCACUGUAGCAGAUUUCUCAGGCACUGAUCCUCUCAUCUACAGAGAACCUCUUCGAACAGAGCGGUCAGAUCUGAAGCAGCUGAAUGCUCCAAAUUUUGUGAGUUCCAUGGCAUAUGAAGAUUACAUUUUCUUCUUCUUCAGAGAGACAGCUGUUGAAUACAUAAACUGUGGCAAGACUGUGUAUUCACGGGUAGCUCGUGUCUGCAAGCAUGACAAAGGAGGUCCACAUCAGUUCGGCGAUCGUUGGACUUCUUUCCUCAAGUCUCGCCUCAACUGUUCCGUCCCAGGGGACUACCCCUUCUACUUCAAUGAAAUACAGUCAACCAGUGACAUAGUGGAAGGAACAUACGGGGAUCAUGUGGAGAAAUUGAUCUAUGGUGUGUUUACAACUCCUGUCAACUCCAUUGGUGGCUCUGCUGUGUGUGCCUUUAGUGUGAAAUCAUUGUUGGAGACAUUUGAGGGACCAUUCAAAGAGCAAGAGACAAUGAAUUCCAACUGGCUGGCAGUGCCAGGCCUCAAGGUGCCUGAACCCAGGCCUGGUCAGUGUGUCAAUGACAGUCGCACUCUGCCAGAUGUAUCCGUCAACUUCGUCAAGUCACAUACCUUGAUGGAUGAAGCAGUACCAGCAUUCUUUACUCGGCCAUUACUUAUACGCAUUAGCCUCCAGUACAGGUUUACAAAAAUAGCAGUAGAUCAGCAAGUGAAGACUCCAGAUGGAAAAGCUUAUGAUGUCCUUUUCAUUGGAACAGAUGAUGGAAAAGUAAUCAAAGCUUUGAACUCAGCAUCAUUUGAUUCAGACAAAAUAGUUAAUAGUGUAGUAAUAGAAGAGCUACAAGUACUACCACCUAGUGUGGCUGUGAAGAAUCUCUAUGUGGUACGCAUGGGUGGUGAAGAAAGUAAACUGGUUGUUGUAUCAGAUGAUGAAAUUCAAGCUGUGAAACUUCAACGAUGUAGCUCUGACAAGAUAACCAACUGCCGGGAGUGUGUGGCUCUGCAAGAUCCAUAUUGUGCAUGGGAUAAUGUAGAGCAACGUUGCACAGCAGUGGGAUCCCCAGAUUGGAGUGCAGGCAAGAAGAGAUUCAUACAGAGCAUUGCUUAUGGGGAACACAAAGCCUGUGGACGUGUAACUACAGAGGAGGUAGCUCCUGCAGUCCCAAGUCAACAAACAACAAAAGAGAAUGAUGAAACCCUGGCAGCCAUGGUGCAAGUCACAUGUCCUUUGUGCACGUGCACGUGCCCCUCGCCCAGCAGCAGUGGUACCACCACCACCACCACAACUACCACAGAUGCCACAGUGGUCAAGGGCGAUCCCGUUCACUCAAACCACCCAGCCAGCGAUUUCGAUUCAGAUUUUGACAUCAAUGACAACAGUGAGAUAGUGAUUGAAGUGGAUGAAAGCAACGUGAUACCUAACACACUCGCCGAGAUCAACCACGCAGGAUCAAAGUUGCCAUCAUCACAGGAAAAGAGUCCAAUCUAUACAGCAGAGACACUGAGCAUCGCUGUGACCACAUCUUGUCUGGCUGCCCUAGUUGUGGGCUUUGUUUCAGGGUUCCUUUUUUCACGACGAUGUAGAGGUGAAGAUUAUAGCAACAUGCCCUACCCUGACCAGCGCCACCAACUCAAUAGAUUGACAGAAGGAGGACUUAAUGCAGAUGCUGCCUAUCCACCAUGUGCAAACAACAAGGCUGCCAUCAACCUUGUGCUCAAUGUUCCACCAAAGAAUGCCAAUGGAAAGAAUGCAAAUUCAUCAGCAGAGAACAAACCAAUUCAGAAGGUUAAGAAGACAUACAUUUAGCAGAAGUCUGUGUUUCUUUUCCUGAUGCAGGCACACGUUACUCGUUUUACAAAAACACUGCUAAAAAAUGUGCUGAGGAAAGUCAAAGAAUUGUGAAUAUAUUAAAGAGGAAAAACAGUUUGUUUUACAGUGCAGUGUUUAGUGAUUUUGUUUCCUAGUGCUGGUAGAGAGGAUGACAUGGCAGAGAAUGCUUAUGGGGUGAUCUGUGUCACAGAGGAUGACAGGUAACAUACCUUUCUCAGCUGAGACUUUCAUAAUGAAGAGUAUGUUUUCUGAGAGAGUGAAGGCAGCUGAUCAUACUGUACCUUUCUUGGAGUUUCAAUUCUUCCUAUUUUAUUGUGAAUAGCAACCAUGACAGGGAAUGAGAGAUGUCUUAUCACAUUCCAAGAUAAGAGGCGGCUAUAGACUUUAAACAUUUGUUGUAUUGAAGAAUUUUAUAUUUGUAGCCUUGCUUGCAUGCUGUGCCAACAGAUGUGGAACCGACAACAUUGAACUGAACUAAUUUUUAUAGGUUCAUUAUAGAGAGAUCGUGAUAAUAGUUUUGCAUGUAUCAAGAGAUGCACUCAGUGGAGUGUGCUUAUGUGAGAUGGAGAGAACGGUGCAGCAGUGUGCUUACAGUCGGACAUAUAAACAUCAACACAGUUUUAUAGAAAUGAAACACUUUCUUAAAAAACAAAAUUAGGUUUUUUUCAUAGAAUGUGCAGUUUGUGCAGUUUUGCAUUGUGGGUUACUGAAUAUGAUAUCUUAGAGCAGGGUGUUUACAAAUGCACUGAUAUUGCAUACUCAUUAUUUUUAAAGUAAUGUAUAGACUAAAUCUUUAAUAUUAUUUACCACAGUAGUGAUGUGAAGAAGUGAGCAUGGAAAAGUAGAUCAAACAUUUCCAGUUCAAACAAUAAACUCAAAUCAGAGAUCUCAAAUUUCUUCAUUCAGUAGAAAAUUCCAUGGGGAUACACCAUGUGGAGAUGAUGAAUGUUAUGAAGAAUUAGAUUUACAUUAUAUUAUAUUAUUUUAAAUUGUGGUUUUUAAUCACCCUGCUGUUUUAUAUGCCACUUUUUAAAGUCAUAUUUUUCUUUCCCAGUUGUGUGAAUGUUGUGUGUUUUAUAUUACCGACUGUACAUAGCCAGUGAACCCACCCAUACUUCCAGUAUUGUUUGUGUGCAGAUAGUUUAAUCCGGCCUGUACAAAUUAGUGCUAAGAUUCUCUAUUGCAUAUUAUUAUUUCAUAUGCACACUUGAUUCACCUACAAGCUGCAUUAUAAAUAUAAAAAGAAAGACUGAGAGAUGAAAAAAAAUUAUUUGUAUAUAAGUAAUUGUAAAUAGUUCAGUUACAUGCAUUGUUAAUACUACAUGAAAUAAAUUUUCAUUUUAAUGAUUCUGUAUUAAAGUGAACAAUUAUCUCACAAGAGGAGAUUUUUAUUAAAAGUGGAUCAUAUGAGAGUAGUAAUUGUGAAAUAUUUCUUUAUAUUUUAAUUUCAACUGUAUAGAAACUCUUCUUGUGAUGACACUAAGGCUUGGAAUCUACUUACAUACUAGUUAUUAGAUGUUAAACUGCGUUACUAAUUUGGCUGCUACCUGACAUUUCACGAAUCCAGCACUGCAUAUAUUUACAACUCCUAGUUUUGUAAUGGUAUGAGUGUGAAGGAACACAGAGUUGAAAACUGGUUUUCACAGGAAGUCAGUUUUGUGUGUUGUAUUUUUAUCCUUCCUUACAAUGACAGGUUCUUCCAUAAAUUUGAUGAAAAAUAUUCACAGAAUUUGGACAUAUUCUUGGGCAGAAACUCCUUAUAAAUGUGUCAUUAUUAACUACUAAAUACUCAGGUGAGUACUUUUCUAUAAGAUUUCCUAUGUUUAUUAUAAAAGUAUUUUUUGAGGUGAAAGGGAUUAAGUGAGACCAAUGUUGAAGAUGUUUGUACUUCUGACAUGAUGCCAUGUAACACAGAUAUCACCCAGAACUAAUGGUAUAUAAAUCAGCACCAACUUUCGUUAUUAUUUUGUGAUCAAAGUGUAACAGCAAAAGUUUUCAGUAUUUUGAUUAUUAGAGUAUUUUGACAGUAAGGUGAAAGGAACUAAGUGAGACCAUUGCUGGGGGUGAGUGUGAUGGGAGGUGAAUGGCAAUUUAAUUGUAAUUCAAAAUAGUGUGAACAGUAUGAUCGGUAUACUGUGAAACCUCUAUUUAAUAGUUCUAUGGAGAGCACAUUAAACUGAGGAAAUCUUAAGUAGAGGGACUUUAACACUGAUUAGGACUGCUGAAGAUGUAUGAGAAGUAAUGAAAACCUGAAGCUGAGGAAUAUUAAAUGGGUGUUCCACUAUAUCUGAAAGGUUGGAAAACCUGCUCACCACAAUAUGAUUGCAAUAUAUUGCAAUCAUUAAGUGCAAUGAUGAAUACAGUAUAAAAAGCAACCAAAUGAAAUGUGUAAAUUUCAGCAAACCACCAUAAAAGCUGUGAAAAUUUAUGUGAUUAAAAUAUGUGUUAGUUAAAGAAUCUUUCAUAUAUCAUAUUAAGAUUACUGAAUAAAUUAAAUCUGCAACAAAAUAUUUCCUUGAUGUGUGUUUUUUUUUGGCAACUUUCUGGGUUUGUGUCUAUGUUCUUAAAGAAAGGUCAGUUUGGUGUAUAACUAUUUUAUGUUAAUGAGUGAAGGAGAUUUAUCUUAUGCCUGUAACAGACUUAUGAGCCAGACUCUGCACUUCUAAGUACAGAAUCCAGUGUUGAAGACUGGAAGUUAUUUUGACUCGGUUAGAAGUUAAGUUGUACUUAUUUUCAAGGGCAAGCUGAGUACUAUGAAAUGGAGAAGCACAUUAUGCAAACUUAGUGAAAGUAUCUUUAUUGAUAAGCUUGUAAUUAAAUUCCUACAUGGUGAAUAAUUUCUGUCCCUGCAAUUCACAGCUUUAUGGAUUCCUUAGUGCCUUUAGAUCUAAAUCAACUGAAAGAUCUGCAAAAGUCCAGUUCUAUAAAAUAAAGUAAUGGUUAUUCAUUGUUGCUCAUAAUUACGAUUUUUUAUUCAAAAUUUCAACUAAAGCCUCCUUGUAUAGAUCUUUCAUCAUUAUCUGUUUUAAAAUUCAUUGUUCCCAUGGUGUGAUAGAAUUUUUAAAUAUACCAUAGUAUUAUAUUUCAGCAUCUUGUUGCAUUGAUACAUAACUUGUUCACUUGAUUCCGUCUCUAAUGCAACAUAAACUUUUAUUUUAAAAUGUCAUUAAAAUCGUAUUUUAUUUUAAUGUUGCAACAUGUUUCGGCCCCUUAAGGCCAUCUUCAUAGGCCAUAGGUCAUCAUUUGAGAAUGUGUGCCCACACUUAGACAUAUAAUUACUGUUGCUGUUUGUUUUUUAAACAGUAAAAUUCUAAUAUAAACACUCAUUUCAUUCAUUAAUAGGAUGAAUGUCCCAAAGUAUUUUCGUGAUAUCAACGCAAGAAAGUCAAAUUAUAGUUAACAGCACAUUAACUUAGAUCCUUAACCUUAACUUUAGCUGCCCCCCCUCCCCAUAUCCCUCCCCCCAGCCAUGUAACUGUUCGACAGGUCUCAGAACACCUACAAAAUGUGUAUAGUGUGAAGAGACUUCUGUAAGAGUGCACGUGUUAAUCCAUGGAAAGCAAUGUAGUUGCGAGUGCGCAGUAAAGCUAAGCCUAUUAAUGAUCUUCUGUACUGAUCACAGGAUCUUGAAAUAAAAAUUGUACUAUUUUAAUAUAGACGUCAAAACUACCCUUAUUUUAACCAUUCUCGUUUUUGUAGUCUAUCUGAAUUACAUUUUUUGCAUUUAACAUUCUAGUUAGUAUAAAGUAAAACUAAGGUAACAAUCAAAACAGUCACGUGAUUCUAAAUUGAGCAUGAAAUUAGUGAAAUGGUAAAUUAUCAUUGUUUAAGGAAUUUAAUCAGCUUAUCACUAAUUGGAUAAUUUUGACAUUUAAGACAAGGUGCAGGGUUUCUCAUUUGCUCCCUUAGUUCAUGUCAUGAUUAAGGGAUGGCUUGUCACAGUACAGUACAGUAAUUUUAAUAUGCCUGACAAAAAUUGCCUCUUGACUAAAACUGGUCAGACCAUGGGCAGUCUGAUAAAUUUCCAGCCAAUUCUGAAUGCAUUAAACAUACAUAUAUGUAAAAAUUUAAUUCACUGAAAGUUUUCAUUGUCUGUCUGUGCAAGAGAUGCUGAAAAGCAUUUGUGACUUGUAGCAAACCCAUUGCCUCGCAAAGUUCAAAAUUUCUGUGUAACCUGUAAAUGUUUAUGUCAGGUAGUAGUCAAGUUGAAACAAUGCGGUACAUGAGCCUUAACAACACGUGAUGUGUUCUGUUGUAUGCGUUGCAAUGUCAGACUAUUGUAAUGGAGAGAAGAAUCAGGAUUGCUGAAAGGAUAAAAGUGCUUCUGUUAAUGAUUAAAUUACAUAUGAAAAUAAGAGGUGAUAGCUUACAUCUAAAAUAUUAAACAAAGGUAACUGAAAUUGUGUCCAAAGUGAGUUGAGAUGUAUACCAUUAGCAAAAUUAGAAGUUCUAGUCCUUGAACCAUUUAAUAAAUAUGUACUUCUCUUUGGAAAUUCAAAGAAUCUUUAUAAUAGGGAAUAUAUAUGCUCAUUUCUAGGAAAUAAUGUGAAAUUAUACAUGUGGAAUUUAGUAAAAUUUAUUGCCAUGAGGACAUAACAUUGUCUUAGUUCACAAAAAAUAAUUUUUGUUGCUGAUAUACAUACCAUCUCGUUUUAAGCACUGAAUCUAGGUUACUACUGUUACAGCAGAGUGUUGUUCAUAUACUGAAGUGUAGACAGACUGUAUGGUACCUUUCUGCACCUAUUUUUUUAACACUUAGCAGGCUAAUUUUCUAGAUGUGUUGAUCACCUUUAUGCUGUGACAGUAUAAUUCUAGAUGAAUAUUAUACUUUUAAAUUAUGGUAGGUUCAGGAUAUUUGGUCUCGAAGUAACUUCUAUACCUUUCUUAUUAAAUGUGUCGGUGAUUUGUAAUAAGGGUGAAAAUCAACUUUGAUUCGCCCUUUGCAUGUUCAUUUAAAUUAAAUUCUGAAGUUUGAGUUUCUUCCAGGCCAAACAUCCAAUGACGACAUAUUAAGGGGCAUGUUAAAAGGUGUUGAUUCUAAACUUUUGAAACUUGUUUAUGGAAACUGCAUGUUAUCCAUUAGUAUGAAUUAAUGGAUACUGUAAUAUAUGUAUUGCUAUGAAUUGUAAGCUGUGCAUAUAUUUUAAAAACUUCAGACCAUUAUUGUAAGUUUUGUGAAAAAUACAACACUACAAAUCAGA